AUGCUUUCGACCGCGAGGAAGCGCCGGGAGGCUGCAUGGGAUACGGCUCUAUCCUCAACGGGUACUAUGCCUUCACCGGCGCGCAGCAAGCCUUGUCGACCAAUUUGCAAAAAUGGCCGCCACCAUGCUCCGCUCCAGCACCCAGUCGGGCAUUGCCGCUAAGGCCGGCCGCAAGGAGGCUGUCAGCGUCCGCGCGGUCGCCCAGCCCCAGCGCCAGGCUGGUGCUGCCAGCGUCUUCUCCUCGUCGUCGUCGGGCGCUGCUGCUCGCCGCGGGGUCGUCGCUCAGGCCACCGCUGUUGCCACCCCCGCGGCCAAGCCUGCGGCCAAGACCAGCCAGUAUGAGCUGUUCACGCUCACCACCUGGCUGCUGAAGGAGGAGAUGAAGGGCACAAUCGAUGGCGAGCUUGCGACCGUCAUCUCGUCGGUGUCGCUGGCCUGCAAGCAAAUCGCGUCGCUGGUGAACCGCGCUGGUAUCUCCAACCUGACCGGUGUGGCUGGCAACCAGAACGUGCAGGGUGAGGACCAGAAGAAGCUGGACGUGGUGUCCAACGAGGUCUUCAAGAACUGCCUGGCCUCCUGCGGCCGCACGGGUGUGAUCGCCUCCGAGGAGGAGGACCAGCCCGUGGCCGUGGAGGAGACCUACUCGGGCAACUACAUCGUGGUGUUCGACCCCCUGGACGGCUCGUCCAACAUCGACGCCGGCAUCUCCGUCGGCUCCAUCUUCGGCAUCUACGAGCCCAGCGAGGAGUGCCCCAUUGACGCCAUGGACGACCCCCAGAAGAUGAUGGAGCAGUGCGUCAUGAACGUGUGCCAGCCCGGCUCGCGCCUCAAGUGCGCCGGCUACUGCCUGUACAGCAGCAGCACCAUCAUGGUGCUGACCAUCGGCAACGGUGUGUUCGGCUUCACGCUGGACCCCCUGGUCGGCGAGUUCGUGCUGACCCACCCCAACGUGCAGAUCCCCGAGGUGGGCAAGAUCUACUCGUUCAACGAGGGCAACUACGGCCUGUGGGACGACAGCGUUAAGGCUUACAUGGACAGCCUGAAGGACCCCAAGAAGUGGGACGGCAAGCCCUACUCGGCCCGCUACAUCGGCUCCCUGGUCGGUGACUUCCACCGCACCCUGCUGUACGGAGGCAUCUACGGCUACCCCGGCGACGCCAAGAACAAGAACGGCAAGCUCCGCCUGCUGUACGAGUGCGCGCCCAUGUCGUUCAUUGCCGAGCAGGCCGGCGGCCUCGGCUCCACCGGCCAGGAGCGCGUGCUGGACGUGAACCCCGAGAAGGUGCACCAGCGCGUGCCGCUGUUCAUCGGCUCCAAGAAGGAGGUCGAGUACCUGGAGUCCUUCACCAAGAAGCACUAAGCAGCUGCUUCGUUGCUGUGGGGCGGCGGGGAAGCCGAUGGCGCGCUGCGAGCGCGGCUUGAAGGCGGAGCUGGAGCUGUGAGCGGGCGCUGCGAGUGAGGGUGUGGUGGUGGCAAUUCCGGGAGGGAGGCAGUUAGGUGGUGCACGUGUGUCAGUGAUGCACAUGCGCGCUUCCUAGGUUAGCCUAGGGAGUUACGCAGAAAUCAAUUUUGGGCGCCCCAUGUUUUGGUGGUGUGGGUGCCUCUGUUCGGGUUUGUCGAACCAAUUGGCGGCGACUCAGGUAGACGGCGUCCUUUGAACGCGCGCUGCUUUUUGUUGGUGCAGUGGGUGUGUGGGGAUAGCCUGGCAUGCCGUGACACGUCGGUUGGGCCUAGCGUUUUGCUGGUUGACUGUUUUGGUCAGUCCGUGGUUGCGUGGUGUGAUGGAAGGACUGCAAGAGAUGAGAGGGUUGUGACCAAUUUUUUGUCGAGCGGUGGUUGCAUGUGCCCCAUCCGGGGGUACCGGUAACCUUGUAAGAACUUAAAUAACG